AUGACUACAAGGGCGAAGCACAGCGUACCUGACCUUCCGUAUGAUUACAACGCUCUCGAACCAGCUAUUUCCGCCGAAAUUAUGAAAGUACAUCAUGAUAAACAUCACGCCGCCUAUGUAAGCGGUUUGAACGUUGCUGAAGAAAAAUAUGACCAAGCUUUACGUGAUGGCGAUCUUACCUCACAGAUUGCUUUACAGUCAGCGAUUAAAUUCAAUGGUGGCGGCCAUAUCAAUCACUCACUCUUCUGGGAAAAUCUCGCCCCAGUCUCUAGGGGCGGUGGCGAACCGCCAAAAGGGGCCUUGCUUAGUGCAAUCCAGAAGGAAUUUGGAAGCCUUGAAGACUUCAUUUCUAAAUUCAACACUACCACUGCUGCUGUGCAAGGAUCCGGAUGGGGAUGGUUGGGUUAUAAUAAGAGCUCCAAGCGAAUCGAGAUAGUUACUUUACCUAAUCAGGAUCCUUUGACAACUCACGUACCGCUCCUGGGUGUUGAUGUCUGGGAACAUGUAUAUAACUCAGUCCUAACUGUUCUUUCUCGCGCGAUUUCCGAUAGUUCUAAUACUACUUUUCUACUCGGUUUAGGCAUACUACCUGCAAUACAAAAACGUGCGGCCAGACUAUCUCAAAGCAAUCUGGUCUGUGGUCAACUGGAAGACCGUCGCCGAAAGGUUUGCAAAGGCACAAUGACUGGAAUUAUAAUCCACAAUAAAGGGACGAAGGCUCUUAACAAGAGACAAUAA